CCCGCCCGCCGCCCCCCGCCCGGCCCCUGCGCGCCGAGGUGCGCGCGCCCGCGCCGAUGUGUGUGAGUGCGUGUCCUGCUCGCUCCAUGUUGCCGCCUCUCCCGGUACCUGCUGCUGCUGCUCCCGGGGCCGCGGGCGAUGCGAGAGGCUGAGCCGCGGAGCAGCAACCCGAGCAGCAGCGGCGGCGGCGGCGGCCGCGGCGGCGGCGGCGGCGGGAGGAGCCCCCCAGGCGGAGGACCGGGGUCCAUGUGUCUUUCCUGGUGACUAGGAUGUCGUCGGAGGAGGACAAGAGCGCGGAGCAGCCGCAGCCGCCGCCACCACCCCCCGAGGAGCCCGGAGCCCCGGCGCCGAGCCCCGCAGCCGCAGACAAAAGACCUCGGGGCCGGCCUCGCAAAGAUGGCGCUUCCCCUUUCCAGAGAGCCAGAAAGAAGCCUCGAAGCAGAGGAAAAACUACCGUGGAAGAUGAGGACAGCAUGGAUGGGCUGGAGACCACAGAAACAGAAAAUAUCGUGGAAACAGAGAUCAAAGAGCAGUCCGCGGAAGAGGACGCGGAAGCCGAGGCGGACGGCGGCAGACGGCCCGCCCCGGCCCUGCAGCGCUCGGCGUCCGAGGAGUCGGCCAGCUCCCUGGUCUCCGUGGGCGUGGAAGCCAGAAUCAGUGAACAGCUCUGCGCUUUCUGUUACUGCGGCGAGAAGAGCUCCCUGGGACAGGGAGACCUGAGGCAGUUCCGAGCGACCCCAGGGCUGGCCCUGCCGUGGAGAAACCCGCCUUCCGGCAGGAGGGACAUGGACGACAGCAGCAACGGGACCUGUGAGAAGACACACAGCUCGGCCCCGCGGAAGCAGAGAGGACAGAGGAAAGAGCGGCUGCCUCCGCAGCAUGCAGUGGCUCACGUGAGCGUGAGCACGCAGACUGCUUCCGACGGCCAGGCUGCCCGCGUCUGGGACGAGCUCAGCGUGGUCGGCCUGCCGGAUGCCGUCGACGUCCAAGCCUUGUUCGGGCCCACAGGCACGUGCUGGGCUCAUCACCGCUGCGUGGAGUGGUCGCUGGGAGUGGGCCGGACGGAAGACCCCUUGUCCGUGAGCGUGGACAAAGCUGUUGUCUCAGGGAGCACAGAACGAUGUGCAUUUUGUAAGCACCUUGGAGCCACUAUCAGAUGCUGUGAAGAGAGAUGCGCCCAGAGGUACCAUUACCCCUGCGCUGUGGGGGCUGGCACCUUCCAGGACGCCGGCCGCUUCCUCCUCCUCUGCCCCGAGCACAUCGAGCAAGCUCCCGAGAGAGCAAAGGAAGAUGCAAACUGUGCAGUGUGCGACAGCCCGGGAGACCUCUUAGAUCAGUUCUUUUGUACUACUUGUGGGCAGCACUAUCACGGAAUGUGCCUGGACAUAGCGGUUACUCCGUUAAAACGUGCAGGGUGGCAAUGUCCCGAGUGCAAGGUGUGCCAGAACUGCAAACAAUCGGGAGAAGAUAGCAAGAUGCUAGUGUGUGAUACGUGUGACAAAGGGUAUCAUACUUUUUGUCUUCAACCAGUUAUGAAAUCAGUACCAACCAAUGGCUGGAAAUGCAAAAACUGCAGGAUUUGUGUCGAGUGCGGCACACGGUCUAGUGCUCAGUGGCACCACAACUGCCUGGUUUGUGACACUUGUUACCAGCAGCAGGAUCACCUGUGCCCUUUCUGUGAGAAGUGCCCCGGUCCAGAGCCGCAGAGAGACAUGCUGCACUGUAACAUGUGCAAAAGGUGGGUGCACCUGGAGUGCGACAAGCCGGCGGACCAGGACCCGGACCCCCAGCUCAGAGAAGAGUACGUCUGCACGUACUGCCGACACCUGGCUGCCGAGAUCGGGCUGCAGCCGGCCGAGGACGAGGACGAGGAGGUGGCCGACGUCCCCGUAGUAGAUUGUACCAACGACAUGGAACUUGAAGACCCCGAACGCCACGUGGUGUUCCUGGAGGAAGCCGUUCCUAAGGAUGCCCGUGCUCAGGAGUCUGCGCCUGGAAUUGUUCCAGAUGCCCUGCAGGCGCGCGCCGGGGAGCAGCCGCAGAGCGAGCCUCCGGAAGGCCUCCAUGCGCGCGGCCUCCGCGUGGCCGUGUCCGAAUCAUCUCAAGAUAAAAUGCAUCCUGAAUUGGAAAAUCAGAUUUCACAUGCAGUCGAUAAUUACCAAAUGGAAAUGUCUUCUAAAGCAACAGUUACUUGUGAUGAAGAUCAAAAUGAAAACAAAAUGGAGGUGACAGAAAACGCCCGAGUCCCUGCGCACCCAGUCACCGUGCGAGAGGAGUGUCGGCCGUUAGAGGACCCUGGACCAGUGGCCUCCACCGGAGAGCCCAGGCCUCCGAAAGUGGCCAUCGACCCUGUCACCGUUCCUCCCGACACGGGAGUGUGCCCGAGUGAGGAGAGUUCUUCUUUAUGUCCUGAGAAACAGUCGCCUGUGGAGAGGGCACAAGAAGAAGCAGAAAGGAAAGAAAAUCCUGAAUCUUCCACUGCCUUUAUGGACUUCGAAACGACUCCUGCAGCCGAGAGCUGCGUGAAGGGCGGUUUAUGCCGAGACAAGUCUGCGAAGCCGCCACGGGAGCUGGAGCCGGCGGCUCCCUCGGCAGCGGACAGAAGCAAGGCCCGCGUGUCUUCCCCCCCGGCCCGCCCCACGGACUUGCCCUCCCACGACCUGCUGCACGGCUACCCUUCCGAGCUCAGCGCUUCUGUGGGUAGCAUCAUGCCCACCACGUACUUCUCCGUCACUCCAAAAAUCGGCAUGGGUAAACCAGCUAUCACCAAAAGGAAAUUUUCUCCCGGCAGACCUCGGUCCAAACAGGGGGCUUGGAGCACCCAUAAUACAGUGAGCCCACCUUCCUGGGCCCCAGACAUUUCAGAAGGUCGGGACAUUUUUAAACCCAGGCAGCUUCCUGGCAGUGCCAUUUGGAGCAUCAAAGUGGGCCGUGGGUCGGGCUUCCCCGGGAAGCGGAGGCCGCGGGGCGCGGGGCUGGCCGGCCGCGGCGGCAGAGGCCGGUCCAAGUUGAAGAGCGGCGUAGGGGCGGUCAUGCUGCCCGGGGUGUCUGCUGCCGAUGUGUCAUCGAAUAAGGAUGAAGAGGAAAACUCCAUGCACAAUACAGUCGUGUUGUUCUCCAGCAGCGACAAGUUCACUUUGCAUCAGGAUAUGUGUGUGGUCUGUGGCAGUUUCGGCCAAGGAGCAGAGGGGAGGUUGCUUGCCUGCUCUCAGUGUGGCCAGUGCUACCACCCGUACUGCGUCAGUAUUAAGAUCACUAAAGUGGUCCUCAGCAAAGGCUGGCGGUGCCUGGAGUGCACGGUGUGCGAGGCCUGUGGGAAGGCCACCGACCCCGGGCGGCUCCUGCUGUGCGACGACUGUGACAUCAGCUACCACACCUACUGCCUGGACCCGCCCCUACAGACCGUGCCCAAGGGCGGCUGGAAGUGCAAAUGGUGUGUGUGGUGCCGGCACUGCGGGGCCACGUCGGCCGGGCUGCGGUGCGAGUGGCAGAACAACUACACGCAGUGCGGCCCGUGCGCCAGCCUGUCCUGCUGCCCCGCCUGCUGCCGCAGCUACCGCGAGGAGGACCUCAUCCUGCAGUGCAGGCAGUGCGACAGAUGGAUGCACGCGGCGUGCCAGAACCUGAACACGGAAGAGGAGGUGGAAGGCGUGGCAGACGCCGGUUUCGACUGCAGCAUGUGCCGACCCUACAUGCCCACGUCACAUGUGCCUUCCGCAGACUGCUGUGACCCCUCCCUCGUGGUGCAGACCCUCGCGAAGGCGAAAGAGCUCGAUCCGCCCAAGACGUACACCCAGGACGGCGUGUGCCUGACCGAGUCGGGGAUGACGCAGCUGCAGAGCCUCAUCGCCGCCGCCCCGAGGAGAAAGCGGUCCAAACCCAAGCUGAAGCUGAAGAUCAUCAACCAGAACAGCGUGGCCGUGCUGCAGACCCCGCCCGACCCGCAGUCCGAGCACUCCCGGGACGGGGAGAUGGACGACAGUCGAGAAGGAGAACUCAUCAUGGAUUGUGACGGGAAGUCGGAAUCCAGUCCCGAACGGGAGGCUGCGGAUGAGGAAACCAAGGGCGUGGAAGGAACGGAGGGCGUCAAAAAGAGGAAAAGGAAACCUUACCGACCAGGUAUCGGCGGAUUUAUGGUGCGGCAAAGAAGUCGAACCGGGCAAGGGAAAGCCAAGAGAUCCGUGAUCAGGAAGGACUCCUCCGGCUCCGUCUCUGAGCAGUUGCCUGGCAGAGAGGACGGGUGGAGCGAGCAGUUACCGGAUGCUCUGGUUGACGAGUCUGUGUCGGUUACUGAGAACACUGAAAUAAAGAAGAGAUACCGGAAAAGGAAAAACAAGCUUGAAGAAACUUUCCCUGCCUAUUUACAAGAAGCUUUCUUUGGAAAAGAUCUUCUAGAUACAAGUAGACAAAACAAGCUAAGUUUAGAUAAUCUACCAGAAGACACAGCUCCGCUUCCGUAUAAAACAAAUGUGAACGCACACUUCUUGGAUCCCUCCUUAGACCCGCUGCUCAGCUCGUCCUCCACUCCAGCAAAACCUGGGGCACACGGUGCUGCUGACGACCCCUUGGCCGACAUAUCCGAAGUCCUAAACACGGAGGAUGACAUUCUGGGGAUCAUUUCGGACGACCUUGCGAAAUCGGUUGAUCACUCAGCCGGAAUGGACAUGGGCCCCGUUGCUGAUGACCCCUCCUCCCUGCCUCAGCCGCCUGCCAGCCAGAGUUCACGGCCGCUCAGUGAGGAGCAGCUGGACGGGAUCCUGAGUCCUGAGCUAGACAAAAUGGUCACAGAUGGGGCAAUUCUUGGAAAGCUAUAUAAAAUUCCAGAGCUCGGAGGGAAGGACGUGGAGGACUUGUUCACCGCCGUGCUCAGCCCUGUGACCGCCCCGCCAGCCGCGCUGGCACAGGCUCCCCCGCCCCCCGCACCACCGCUGAUGCCCGUGCACAGCCAGGAUGUGUUUUCACGGAUGCCGCUCAUGAAUGGCCUCAUCGGACCCAGCCCUCAUCUCCCACACAGCCCUCUGCCUGCUGGAAGCGGACUGGGGGCGUUCUCGGCCAUGCCCCCAUCCCCUUACCCCGAUGCCAGAGAUAAAGGUGCAGCAUUUCAUCCAUUGGCGAGUGACCCUAACAGCUCAUGGGGCUCAGCGGCGCCUCCUGUGGAAGGGGAGGGCGACACCCUGUCGAACGCCCAGAGGAGCACCCUCAAGUGGGAGAAGGAGGAGGCCCUGGGCGCGAUGGCCACCGUGGCGCCGGUGCUGUACACAAACAUCAAUUUCCCCGGCCUGAAGGGCGAGUUCCCGGACUGGACCACCAGGGUGAAGCAGAUCGCGAAGCUGUGGAGAAAAGCCAGUUCUCAGGAGAGAGCGCCAUACGUGCAAAAAGCCAGAGACAACCGGGCCGCGCUGCGCAUCAACAAAGUGCAGAUGUCCAACGACUCCCUGCGGCGGCAGCAGCACCCGGACGGCACCGACCCCGGCGCGCGGGCCGACGCGGAGCUCUUCAAGGACCCCUUGAAGCAGAGGGAGUCGGAGCACGAGCAGGAGUGGAAGUUCCGGCAGCAAAUGCGCCAGAAGAGCAAGCAGCAGGCGAAGAUCGAGGCCUCCCAGAAGCUGGAGCAGGUGAAGAGCGAGCAGCAGCAGCUGCAGCAGUCGGGGGCGCAGGCGCUGCUGGCGCCGUCCGGCCCAGACACGCCGAGCAGCGGCAUGCAGAGCCCCUCGACCCCGCAGCCCGGCAGCGGGAACAUGUCCCCGGCACAGUCGUUCCACAAGGACCUGUUCGCAAAGCCGCUCCCCGGGACCCCCACUUCUGCGCCUGCGGACGACGUGUUUGUGAAGCCGCAGGCCCCGCCCCCUCCGGCAGCCCCCUCCCGGGCGCCCCUCCAGGAGAGCCUGCCCCAGCCCCAGCCGCCCCCGCCGCAGGCGUUCUCGCCCGGCUCUGCCAACUCCCGGCCGCCGUCCCCGAUGGACCCCUACGCAAAAAUGGUCGGCACUCCAAGACCACCCCCAGGAGGCCACAGCCUGUCCAAGAACUCUGCGGGCCUGGCGGAGAGCUGUGCGCCCCCGCCCUCGGGACCAAGGCCCACUCCGGUGAGCGAGGGUGCGGCCGGUCGGCCGUCCCCCGUCAGGGAGUCCUGCUCUUCCUCUGGGACUGGCAGCGAUCCUUACGCAAAGCCCCCAGACACACCCCGGCCCGUGCUGGCAGAGCCGUUCCCCAAACCCUUGGGCCUACCCCGCUCUCCGGUCGUUUCGGAACAAGCCGCCAAAGGCCCCCCUCUAGCAGCUGCGACCAAUGAUCACUUCCCGAAGCCAUCCCCUCGGGCAGACUCGUUCCAAAGGCAGCGGGUCCCUGACCCGUAUGCCCGGCCCGUGCUGACGCCUGCACCUCUGGACAGUGGUCCUGGACCUUUUAAGACUCCGAUGCAGCCACCUCCACCCUCCCAGGACCCUUUCGGGCCCGGGCUGCAGGCUCCCAGGCGCCUGCCCGUGGACCCGUACGAAAGGCCCGCUCUGACACCCAGGCCUGCAGAUGGCUUCUCGCAGAGCCAGCCCAGUGAUCCGUGCAGCCAGCCGCCCCUCACCCCACACCCAGCCAUGACGGAGGCUUUCGCCCACCCCGCCAGGGCCUUUCCCCAGCCCGCGGGCACGUUGAGGCCACCCUCUCAGGACCCGUACUCCCAGCCCUCAGGACCACCUCGCUCCAACCCAGACCCGUAUUCUCAGCCCCCCGGCACCCCCCGACCCCCCUCGAUCGAUCCAUACAGUCAGCAGCCACCCACCCCGAGGCCACCGACACAGGCGGACUUAUUCGUUACACCCGCCGCAGCUCCCAGGCACUCGGACCCGUAUGCUCACGCCCCUGGGACACCGAGACCUGGCGUUUCUGUUUUCUACUCCCAGCCACCAGCAGCACCCCGGCCGAGGGGGUCGGAGGGGUUCGCUCGGUCCUCGGUGACGAGACCCGUCCUCAUGCCGAGUCAGGACGCCUUCCUGCAGGCGGCGCAGAGCCGCGGCUCCGCCUUAGCGGGCCCUGUGGGGAGGCCCCCGGGUGCCUGUCCCCAGACUCCCGGGCCGCCCGGGACGGGCCUCGCAGACACCUUUAGCCGCGUCUCCCCGUCUGCUGCUCGGGAUCCCUAUGACCAGCCCCCCGUGACCCCGAGGUCUCAGGCUGACGCUUUUGGGACAAGUCCAGUUGCUCCUGAUGCUGCUGCCCAGCCUCGGCCCGGGUCCGAGGGGAACUUCAGUGCUCCUCCCAGCACCCCCAUGAGUUCUCAAGGCCCGCAGUUUCCCAGUGUCUCCCAGCUUCCUGGACCGGCACCCACCUCGGGAGUCCCCGACGCACAGAGCGGCCCCGGCAGCGCGUCUCAGGUGGACACGGAGAAGCUGCGGCAGCGGCAGAAGUUACGGGAAAUGAUCCUGCAGCAGCAGCAGCAGAAGAAGAUGGCGGGUCGGCAGGAGAAGCCCCAGGACCCGGCCGCCAUGCCUCACCCCCUGCAGCACUGGCAGCCCGAGGGCAUGAGCCCGGCCUUCGCCCGGCCGCCGCCCCCCUACCCCGGGAGCCUGCGUACGCCGGCUGUCCCACCCAUGGGGCCUCGGUACCCUGUCUUCCCAAAAGACCCACGCGGGCCCUACGCCCCUGACGCUACUGGUAUGGGGAUGCGACCUCACGGAUUCAGAUUUGGGUUUCCAGGAGGGGGUCACGCCCCCCUGACUGGGCAGGAGCGCUUCCUCGCGCCCCCUCAGCAGGUGCCCGGACCUGGCGUCCCUCCGCAGCUGAGAAGGUCCAUGUCCGCAGACGUGCCCAGGCCCGUGGGCGGCCCACAGACGAGCGGCCCCGUGGGGCUCCCGCAGCACUUUCCCCCGCAGGGCCUGCCCGUGCAGCAGCACAACAUCCUGGGCCAGGCGUUCAUCGAGCUGAGACACAGGGCCCCCGACGGGAGGCCCCGGCUGCCCUUCCCCGUCCUUCCCGGCGGCGCGCUGGAGGGCCCCCCGCCCCCGAGGCAUGGGGCCUUCAUGCCCCGGCCGGACCUGCCGGGCCCCAGACACGCCGACCCCCUGAGACGGCCUCCCCCAGGUCCACCUCAUCAGCUGCCUGUGCAUCCCAGCCUGGACCAGGUGCCGCCGCCUCACCCAGAGCAAGGGCAUCCUGCCCACUCAUCCGUGGUCAUGAGGUCCCUGAGUCAUCCCUUAGGCGGCGAGUUUCCCGAGACCCCUUUGUCCACACCCGCACCCCCUGAAAUGCCGUCUGGUAGUCUACACGUAGCUGCCCAGCCUUCAGACGGCCUUGAGGAAAAACUGGACUCUGACGACCCAUCUGUAAAAGAACUAGACGUGAAAGACCUUGAGGGGGUUGAAGUCAAAGACUUGGACGACGAAGACCUCGAGAACUUAAAUCUGGAUGCGGAGGACGGCAAGGGCGACGACCUGGACACGCUCGGCAACCUGGAGACGAACGACCCCCACCUGGACGACCUGCUGCGGUCGGGGGAGUUCGACAUCAUCGCCUACACGGACCCGGAGCUGGACCUCGGGGGCAAGAAGAGCGUGUUCAAUGAGGAGCUCGACCUCAGCGUCCCGAUGGAGGACAAGCUGGACGGUCAGUGUGUGUCCGCCGAACUGAAAAGCAAGGAGCAGGAAGGUGGCACCGGGGUUCCUUCUGACACACACUCUCCGUGGAAAAAACCCACCGUUGCCGGCGACAUCAAAACCGAAGUCCCGUCCCCACCUUCCGAAGGGGAAGCCAGGUGUGAACGUGGGAGCGGCGAGACGGGCAGAGGUCCCGCCGACACCCCCGGCUCCCAGGCUGCCGCUCGCACGGACGGCGGCGACGGGGCGGACGCGGCUGCUCUGCAGUCCUGCGAGGCGGAGCUCCUGGACAGGAGGCCUCUGCGGGACGCCGCGGCCCCCGGCCCCAGCGCUGCCCUCGGGCCCCCCCAGCUGCCUGCUGAAGACGCGGUGGGCUCCUGCGGCGUGACGGGGUCCGCUCCCGUCCUCUCUAGUUUACUUGCUAAGGAAAAAUCGGAGGGCUCGGACCUGAGGCCUCUGGGGUCUCCCCCACCAGCCCUGCCUGCCUCCCCUUCCAGCCACGUGUCCAGUCUGCCGCCUUCCCUCAUGACACCGCCCGGCCCCCUUCUGGACAGUGCCGUGAGUUCCAAUGUGACAGUGGUCCCGCGGGUAAACCAUGCUUUUCCUCAGGGCAUGCAGGUCAACCCAGGCUUCCUCCAGGGCCCGUCAGCAGUUAACCACGGUUUCGGGACAGGAAAACCUGCCAGCCAAGCCGUGCCUCUUCCGAGUCAGCCCGGCCCACAGCCGCUGAUGGUGCCCCCCGCGCUCGCCCAGCAGGGCCGCGAGAGGCCCCUGCUGCUGGAGGAGCAGCCCCUGCUUCUGCAGGACCUCCUGGACCAGGAGAGGCAGGAGCAGCAGCAGCAGCGGCAGAUGCAGGCCAUGAUCCGGCAGCGGUCGGAGCCCUUCUUCCCCAACGUCGAUUUCGAUGCAAUCACGGACCCUAUCAUGAAAGCGAAAAUGGUGGCCCUCAAAGGCAUCAACAGGGUGAUGGCGCAGAGCAGCCUGGGCAUGCCACCCAUGGUCAUGAGCAGGUUCCCCUUCGUGGGCCAGUCGGGGCCCGGGGCUCAGACGGGCGAAGGCCAGACCCUCCUGCCGCAGGUCGCUCCGCAGGACGGCAGUAUAACACAUCAGCUUUCUAGGCCUAACCCUCCAAAUUUCGGUCCGGGCUUCGUCAAUGACUCGCAGCGUAAGCAGUACGAAGAAUGGCUGCAGGAGACCCAGCAGCUGCUCCAGAUGCAGCAGAAAUAUCUCGAGGAACAAAUCGGCGCCCACAGAAAAUCCAAGAAGGCUCUUUCUGCCAAGCAGCGCACCGCCAAGAAGGCCGGGCGGGAGUUCCCGGAGGAGGACGCGGAGCAGCUCAAGCACGUGACCGAGCAGCAGAGCAUGGUCCAGAAACAGCUGGAGCAGAUCCGCAAGCAGCAGAAGGAGCACGCCGAGCUCAUGGAGGACUACCGCAUGAAGCAGCAGCAGUGCGCCAUGGCCCCGCCCGCCGUCCUGCCCGGGGUGCAGCCCCCGCUGCCCCUGGUCCCCGCAGCUGCCCCGCCCGUCCUCGGCCAGCCCGGCUUCCCCCUGGUGGCCCAGCCGCUGCCGCACACGACUGUUGCUCCUGGCCACGCCAGUCCCGUGCGAAUGCCCAGCUUACCAGGGUGGCAGCCUCCCAGCGCCCCUGCUCACCUCUCCCUCAACCCGCCCCGGAUUCAGCCUCCGGUUCCCCAGCUGCCAAUGAAACCGUGCACACCAGCCCCAGGGACGGUGUCCAGCGCAAACCCACAGAGCGGCCCCCCUCCGCGGGUGGAGUUCGACGACAACAACCCUUUCAGCGAAAGCUUCCAAGAACGGGAGCGGAAGGAGCGUCUCCGGGAACAGCAGGAGCGGCAGCGCAUCCAGCUGCUGCAGGAGGUGGACCGCCAGCGCGCCCUGCAGCAGAGGAUGGAGCUGAGCGCCAGGCCGGCCGCGCCCCAGGCCCCGUUCUACGGCCCUGACCUGCCUUGUGACUUCCUGCAGCAGUCUCCUCAGCACCAGCAACAGGUGGGCCAGGCUCUACAGCAGCCGAGUGCCCAUAGGUCUGUGAGUUCACCCCCCACUCCGACCUUCAUGGCAGCCGGUGAGCGGAGGCAGCUAGGACCCCCACCUUUUGUCCCAGACUCGCCUUCCAUGCCUGGUGGGAGCCCAAACUUCCACCCCAGUCAGCAGGCGCCUGGGGGUCUUCCUGGGGCCGGCUUCCCACAGUCCCCCGUGAGGCCGCCUUUCACGCCGGCCUUGUCUGCGGCACCGCCAGGGGCCAGCAGCGGGCUGCCCUGUGGCCAGGACCCUGCCAUGGCCCAUGGACAAGGUUACCCUGGCUCCGCUCAGUCUCUCAUCCAGCUGUACUCUGACAUCAUCCCAGAGGAAAAGGGGAAGAAGAAAAGAACAAGAAAGAAAAAGAAAGAUGAUGACACGGAGUCCACCAAGGCUCCGUCCACUCCACACUCGGACAUAACGGCUCCUCCGACCCCCAGCAUCUCCGAAGCUACCUCCACUCCCACCGUGCACACACCCAGCGAGCUCCCUCCGCAAGGAGAAUCCGAGCCGGGGGAGGCGGGCGGCCCGUCGGCUCCUAGCGCAGCGGCAGGCCAGCAGCACGCCAACCCGGAAAACAGCCUGCCCCCCGGUGAGUUCUCCCAAGGAGCUCCGCAUCACCAGACUUGCUCUACCGCGGAGGUGGACAAGCGGCCCCUGGAUACACCUGCCACCACUGAAGAGGACAAGCAGGAAACAGCCCUGCCCGAGCAGUGCCCAGACCGUGAAGGGCCUCCGCCGGAGGGACGCGCUGGAAGUCAGACCACGGAAACGGCCGCAGCCUGUGCUGUCUCCUCGGGGCAGAGCCCUCCCCUUCCUGCCGGCGCCCCGGCUGCCAAAGCAGACGCGGGCAACGAGCUCCUGAAGCACCUGCUGAAGAACAAGAAGGCGGCCGCCCUCGUGAACCAGAAACCCGUGGGCGCGCUCUGCUCCGAAGACCCCUGCUUGAAGGACAGCAAGCCAGUGGAGCGGCCGGGCACAGCUGAAGGGCAGCACGCCCUGGGGGCUCCUGUGCACGGAGGUUUGGGAUGUAGCACCAACCAGCUGCCCAAAGCUGACGGAGGCGGCGAACCCAAGAGACAGCGGAGCAAACGGACGCAGAGGACAGGGGAGAAGGCGGCCCCACGCUCCAAGAAGCGGAGAAAGGAUGAGGAGGAGAAACAGGCCGUGCACAUGACUCCCGACACCUUCGCCCACCUGAAACAGCAGAAUAAUUUAAGUAAUCCUCCAACACCCCCUGCCUCUCUUCCUCCUACACCACCUCCUAUGGCUUGUCAGAAGAUGGCCAAUGGCUUUGCGACAACUGAGGAACUUGCUGGAAAAGCCGGAAUGUUAGUGACCCACGAAGUUACCAAAAGUCUAGGAUCUAAACCGUUUCCGCUGCCGUUCCGGCCCCAGGACGACUUGCUGGCCAGAGCCGUUGCUCAGGGCCCGAAGACCAUCGACGUGCCGGCCUCGCUGCCCACCCCGCCGCACAACAACCUGGAGGAGCUAAGGAUGCAGGACCACGGGGGUGACCGGGACACGCCCGACAGCUUCGUCCCCUCCUCCUCCCCCGAGAGCGUGGUGGGGGUGGAGGUGCGCAGGUACCCGGACCUGGCGUCGGUCAAAGAGGAGCCUCCGGAGCCCGUGCAGUCCCCCAUCAUCCCAAUACUUCCCAGCACCGUGGGGAGAGGUUCAGAGUCCAGGCGGAACGAUGUCAAAACCGAGCCAGGCGCCUUCCUGUUCGCACCACCUUUCGGGGCGUCCCCCAAUGGCCCCCGGUCGGGCCUCAUAUCCGUGGCCAUCACCCUGCACCCGGCCGCUGCUGAGAACGUCGGCAGCGUUGUGGCCGCUUUUUCCGACCUGCUCCGCGUCCGCGUGCCCAACAGCUACGAGGUCAGUAGCGCUCCAGACGGUCCGUCCGUGGGUGUGGUCCACAGCCACAGAGCAAACCCAGGUUUGGAGUAUCGACAGCAUCUGUUUCUCCGUGGGCACCCACCAGGAUCUGCCGCACCCCCCCGAUUGGCGAGCUCAUUCCGGCUGAAGCCGCCCCUCAUGCCGUUUCCUCCCGACGAGCAAUGGUGAGCUGGUCUGUCUGUGCACAAGGAGGCCGGCCACGGCGCGGCAGAGGGCGCGGCCCUCAGGACGCGGUGGUGCUGCCACUGCAAGGUGGUCAUCCUGGGGAGCGGCGUGCGCAAGUCUCUCAGGGACCUGGCCUUCGGGGACAAGGAUUCGCGCGAAAGCUCCAGCAGAACGGAAAAGGACAUCGUCUUCUGUAGCAAUAACUGCUUUAUUCUCUACGCUUCGACCGCACAAGCAAAAACCCUGGAAAGCAAGGAGCCCGCCCCUGCGCUGCCGCAGUCGCCUGUGAAGGAGACGCCCGCCCGCGCGCUGCACCAGUACAGCACCAACGUGUCCGCCCUGGACGUGCACUGCCUGCCGCAGCUGCGGGAGGCCGCCUCCCCCCCGGCCUCACCUCCCAUCGCCUUCCCGCCCGCACUCGAAGCAGCCAAAGUCGAGGCGAAGCCGGAUGAGCUCAAGGUCACAGUCAAGUUGAAGCCCCGGCUGAGGACUGUGCACGGCGGGUUUGAAGACGGCAGGCCGGUCCCCAAGAAGUGGAGGGGCAUGAAGUGGAAGAAGUGGAGCGUGCACUUCGUGGUCCCCAAGGGCUCCUUCCAGCCCCCCCGCGAGGACGAGAUCGACGAGUUCCUCGGGAAGCUGGGCACGUCCCUGCGGCCGGACCCCGUGCCCCGAGACUACCGCAAGUGCUGCUUCUGCCACGAGGAGGGCGACGGCCUGACGGACGGGCCGGCGCGGCUGCUCAACCUGGACCUGGACCUGUGGGUGCACCUGAACUGCGCGCUGUGGUCCACGGAGGUCUACGAGACCCAGGCGGGCGCGCUGAUCAACGUGGAGCUGGCCCUGCGCAGGGGCCUGCACAUGAAGUGCGUCUUCUGCCACCGGACGGGCGCCACCAGCGGGUGCCACCGGCUGCGGUGCACCAACCUUUACCACUUCACCUGCGCCAUGAAAGCACAAUGCAUGUUUUUUAAGGAUAAGACCAUGCUCUGCCCCAUGCACAAACCCAAGGGCGUGCAUGAGCAGGAGCUGAACUACUUCGCGGUCUUCCGGAGGGUGUACGUGCAGCGGGACGAGGUGCGGCAGAUCGCCAGCAUCGUGCAGCGCGGCGAGCGCGAGCACACCUUCCGCGUGGGGAGCCUCAUCUUCCACGCCCUCGGCCAGCUGCUCCCGCACCAGAUGCAGGCCUUCCACGCGCCCACGGCGCUCUUCCCCGUGGGCUACGAGGCCAGCCGCCUGUACUGGAGCACGCGCUACGCCCACCGCCGCUGCCGCUACCUCUGCUGCAUCGAGGAGAAGGACGGGCGGCCCGUGUUCGUCGUCAGGGUGGUGGAGCAGGGCCACGAGGACCUCGUCCUGAGCGGCGCCUCCCCCAAAGGUGUUUGGGAUCAAAUUCUGGAGCCUGUGGCCUGCGUGAGGAGAAAAUCUGAAAUGCUCCAGCUUUUCCCCGCGUACUUGAAGGGGGAGGACCUGUUCGGCCUGACCGUCUCGGCAGUGGCUCGGAUUGCGGAAUCACUGCCCGGGGUUGAGGCCUGCGAGAACUACACCUUCCGCUACGGCCGGAACCCCCUCAUGGAGCUCCCUCUGGCCGUCAACCCCACAGGCUGUGCCCGGUCCGAGCCCAAAAUGAGUGCCCAUGUCAAGAGGUUUGUGUUAAGGCCGCACACCCUGAACAGCACCAGCACCUCCAAGUCCUUCCAGAGCACGGUCACCGAGCUGAACGCGCCCUACAGCAAGCAGUUCGUGCACUCCAAGUCGUCGCAGUACCGGAAGAUGAAGACCGAGUGGAAGUCCAACGUGUACCUGGCCCGCUCGCGCAUCCAGGGGCUGGGCCUGUACGCCGCCAGGGACAUCGAGAAGCACACCAUGGUCAUCGAGUAUAUCGGGACCAUCAUCCGGAACGAGGUGGCCAACAGGAAGGAGAAGCUGUACGAGUCUCAGAACCGGGGCGUGUACAUGUUCCGCAUGGACAACGACCACGUGAUCGAUGCGACGCUCACGGGCGGGCCUGCCAGGUACAUCAACCACUCGUGUGCCCCCAACUGCGUGGCGGAGGUGGUGACGUUCGAGAGAGGACACAAGAUCAUCAUCAGCUCCAGCCGCAGGAUCCAGAAGGGAGAGGAGCUGUGCUACGACUACAAGUUCGACUUCGAGGACGACCAGCACAAGAUCCCGUGCCACUGCGGAGCGGUCAACUGCCGCAAGUGGAUGAACUGAGCGCGGCCUCGGGCUCGGCGGGCGGCACGUCCCUGGGAAGGAGCGACUCCACGCACCGUUUGGAUUUGGCAGCAGAAAGAUUUUUUUUUCUGUUCUAUGACUCUGA